AUGCUCAUGGUCUACAUGCGGCAGGUGCUGGCGGGGCUCGAGUGGCUUCACGCACAGGGCAUCUGCCACCGAGACAUCAAGGGCGCCAACCUCCUGAUCACGCAGGACGGGCAGGCGGGGGCACCCAUCGAUGGGCGAGGAGAGGGGCCCGUCGGCACGCCCUACUGGAUGGCGCCUGAGAUCAUCCAGAUGGACCCCUUCACGACGGCGUCCGACAUCUGGUCGCUCGGCUGCACGGUCCGCACCGGCUCCCCGCUGCUCAACGACUUUCUGCUCCGCUGCUUCGACCGCGACCCGAAGACGCGCGCCUCGGCCAGAGCCGCAGCCUUCGCACGGCCGGUCGUCCGCGAGUUGGUAGAGAGGCCGCGCUCGGCGUUCGACAGCCUCUCGUCGCUCGGCAGCCUCUCGCCGCGCUUCCCGCAGUUCUCGCAGCGCCUGGAGCCGAUCGAGUCUUCGCCGCACUCGACAGGCUCCCCCCUCCCCCGACGGCACACCUCUGCCAAGUUCGAGUUCGAGCUCGUCUGCGCGAGCCGCAGGACGUCGUGCCGGCUGCGCGCGCCCUCCGCGCAGGAGCUCGCCGUGUGGGUGACGACCAUCUCGGCGGCGUGGUGUGAUGUGCUGCAACGCGAGGCGAACGCGAGCGGCGACUUUGCGGCGGGCGAGGAGGAGCGCUACGCGAGCCAGCUCCGCAUGAUCCAUCCGAGGGAAGGUGGCGUCCGCAAGGCCAUCGGUGCCGUGCUCUGCGGGCUCGGCGCAUACAGCGUCUCUCGCGGGCUGGGGCCGCUGUCGGAUCUCACCAUCGCCGCCGGGGUCAUGCUCUACAACAUGGGCCGCAGCAGCCAAUGA